AUGAUGAAGACUGAUGGCAAUGGGGCUGGAGGCGGCCUGAGGAGUGCCUCACCUCACCGGAAUGCCUAUGAAGCUGGCAUCCAAGCUCUGAAAGCCUCCAAAGAUGCCCUGGGCCAAGCUGACAGUGAGGAGGCCAAGAAAGCCAGGAACAAGAAGUAUGGAUCUAAUGUCCAUCGGAUCAAAAAUAUGUUCCUGCAAAUGGGCACUGCACCGCCACCAGGGGAGGGAGCAGUUGAUCUGGCGAAGAUGAAGGAGAAGCCGGUCCGGUUGUCCUUGCCCCGGGCCAGCAGUCUGAACGAGAAUGUAGACCAUAGUGCAUUGUUGAAACUAGGCACCAGCGUAUCUGAGAGGGUGAGCCGGUUUGACUCCAAAACAGAUAAGCCAUUGUCCAAGCUACAGGAGACAAGGAAGAUCUUCGAGAGGAGUCUCCAGGAGAAGGAGACCACCAACAAACUACUUCUGAGGAAGGAGAGAGCUGGCUUCCAAGACCGGAAGUUGGAUGUGGUGGUGAGGUUCAACGGCAGCACAGAAUCCCUAGACAAGCUAGACACAGAGGCUGUUUCUCCCACUGUAAGCCAACUCAGUGCUGUCUUUGAGAAAGCUGACCUGAGGAAUAACCUCCAUAAAGCCCCUGGCAAAGUUGGGCCUCUCAACUCCAAAAUUGUUAGCAAAAGGUCCAGGGUUUUCCUCCAGACUCCAGAAGGAGGGCCCAAGGUGGAAACCAGGAAUAGUGAUGGGCCUGCACUCCAAGUAAGAGCAAAGUUGCCUGAGACUGACAAAGCCCAAAACAAGCUGGUGCCUGGUGCGUCAGUAGCAGCAAAGGCAGGGGAUAAGGACUCCAACAUGGGGCUACGUCCUCAGAAGGUCCAAGAAGUGCGCAAGAUCAAGCCUGUGGAAGUGGAAGAGAGUGGAGACUCUGAACAGGAAUUUGAGGCAGCUGAGGUGAUUCAGGCUGAGGUCACAGUGCAUGCGGCCUUGGAAAAUGGCCAGAUGGGUGGUGAAAGAUACUUAGAAACUCCAGGCCCAUUGGCAGACACUUACUGUGAGGAAGUGGCCAAGACUGAGGGACCAGAGGAGAAUGACCUAGGUGAUGAGUCUAAGAAGGAGGACUUUUCUGAGGCUGACCUGGUGGACAUUAGUGCCUACAGUGGACUGGGGGAGGAUUCGGGAGGGAGUGGGCUGGAUGAAGAUGAGGAUGGUGAUGGACUGUAUGCACCAGAAUCUAGCUGUGUCGAGAUCCCUGGGCUGUCAGAAGAGGAUGAGGCUGUCCCUAAUCGCAAGAUCCACUUCAGCACAGCCCCAAUACAGGUUUUCAGCACUUAUUCCAAUGAGGAAUAUGACCGUCGAAAUGAAGAUGUUGAUCCUAUGGCUGCCUCAGCAGAGUAUGAACUUGAAAAAAGAGUGGAAAGGCUGGAUCUUUUUCCUGUGGAACUGGAGAAAGAUUCUGAGGGUCUUGGGAUCAGUAUUAUUGGAAUGGGGGCUGGAGCUGAUAUGGGUCUAGAAAAGCUUGGCAUAUUUGUCAAGACUGUGACAGAAGGAGGAGCAGCUCAUCGAGAUGGCAGGAUCCAGGUGAAUGACCUUAUCGUUGAGGUGGAUGGUACCAGUUUGGUGGGCGUGACUCAAAGCUUUGCAGCCUCUGUGUUGAGGAAUACCAAGGGUAGAGUCCGGUUCCUUAUUGGCAGGGAGAAGCCAGGAGAGCAGAGUGAAGUGGCGCAACUGAUCCAGCAGACUCUGGAACAGGAACGAUGGCAGCGAGAAAUGAUGGAACAGAGAUAUACCCAAUAUACAGAGGAGGAUGAAGAAACAGGGGAAUAUGCUACAGAUGAAGAUGAAGAGAUGAGCCCCAUGUUCCCUAACAAUGAGAUGGCUAUUGAGGUUUUUGAAUUGGCUGAAAAUGAAGACAUGCUGUCUCCAGUGGAGAUGGAUCCUGAAAAGCUAGUGCAUAAAUUUAAGGAGCUCCAGAUCAAGCAUGCUGUGACUGAAGCUGAAAUACAGCAGCUGAAAAGAAAGCUACAAUCAAUUGAACAGGAGAAAGCUCGCUGGCGCAUUGAGAAAGCCCAGCUGGAACAGAGCGUAGAAGAAAACAAGGAGCGGAUGGAGAAGCUGGAGGGAUAUUGGAUGGAGGCUCAGAACUUGUGCCAGGCUGUGGAUGAGCACUUAAAAGAGACCCAGGCCCAGUACCAGACUCUGGAAAGGAAAUACAGCAAAGCUAAGCGACUUAUUAAGGAGUAUCAACAGAAAGAAAUUGAGUUCCUCAAGAAAGAGACAGCUCAGCGUCGCAUCCAAGAGGAGUCUGAAUUGUCUCACAAGGAGGAAGUUGACAAGCUGCAAGAGAAGAUCUCUGAACUGGAGGCGAAGCUGCAGACUUUGAAAAAUUCCAACACGACUUAA